ACGUGCUCAAGAAUCAUGUUCGUUCUGAAUUCGUAUUUUAGAUUUUUUUUAGUUCGAAGAAGCAUUGAGACAAGAGUGGACAUUUAGAAAGUAAAAUGUAUUGUAAUUUGUAAGUUAACGCGUGUGGGUAUUCUGGUACAACUCGAAUAAUUGAAGGUAAAAUAAUUUGUUGGGGUUUAUGUUUACUACAACAUUAAGCUAAGAUAAUGAUUUUACACAAAUAUUUUGAGUAAAUUAGUUCAUACAGUCCAUACUAUCAACACAUUUUACAAAAAACUUCCGUUUGUUAAUGUAUUAGCUGAUAGAUCUGCUUUAUUUUUCGAUAUAUAUUUAUUCUGAUUUUGUAUAAAACCCAGUUUCACUUUUAUAUUUUGUUCACCUAAUAUUAGAUUUGUAAUAUGUUUAUAACAUGUUUGUUUAUUGUUGUCGUAACUCAUUGUACAAGUUCUGUGUCGUCGGUACUUCCUGGAGAUGUAAGCCAACCACUUGAAGUGUUAUUGGACCAAGCUGUGUCGCUGUACCAUGAAGAGAAGUGGCCACAGUCGGUGAACAUGUUUGAAAAAGCGCUCGUUAAUUACAAGAUGUCCAAACAUGCUGCUGUUGCUUGCAUCGGGAAAUGUAAGACAGCAAAUAUUUUUAAAGAGAUAAAUGAAGAUCUAACUGACUUUCCUUUGCUGAAAGCUGUUGGUGAUUUGGUUGCCCAAGCCAGUUGCAUUAAGAUAUGCAGUGAGGAACAUCCUUUUGGUGAUUUCAACAAAAGAGCUCUUCGUUGGGAUAUAGCACGAGAUUUAGAGCUUCGUAAACCUUAUAAUUACUUGCAGUUCGCUUAUUAUAAAAUGAACAAGAUUAAGAAGGCUUGCCAAGCUGUGUAUACUUACCAUCAAGUCCACACAGAGAAUCAAGACACAAUCGCUAACAUCGAGUUUUACAAAACACUGCCCGAUGUUCAAGAUAGUUAUUUCACGGAUCUUGAGGCUGAUGCUUCGUAUAAUCUUUUUAUUGAAGCUGCUGCAGCUUACGAUGACAAGAAAUAUGAAGUGGUCGUCGAUAAAAUUGAAAAAUGUCUCGUUUCAUUUUUCAAAGCGGUCACAGAUUGUGAGUCGCUGUGUUUUAAACCAGUUGAACUCAUAACCUUUCAAAGAUUCAUGAAAGCAAUAAUAGACCAGCACCAUGGACAAGUGAAAUGUUGUCUAGAAUGUGAACAUAAACUCAGUCCAGUUCUUUUUGGUCGGAAAGUUGAACAUUUUGUUGCGAAAUGUUUUUCUUAUCUUCAGUUUGCGUAUUUUUCACUUGGCAAGUGGGAGAUGGCUGUUCCUGCAGCUGCUUCUGUUCUUCUGUUGAAUCCUAAUGAUAAAGACGCACAAAAUAACCUGGAUUAUUAUGAAAGCAAGGCUGAGGAACGAAGGUUGGUUCGAGAUAUUCAUUUCCAGCCAAGAGCCGAUGCUGUGAAGUUCUUCACAGAGAAGCAAAAGAAAGUUAAAUUUGUUGAAGAAGCCGAACUCAUGUUUGGUGAAAUACCAUACCAGUCAUUAGGGGUGCAUGAGGAAAAUAUAAAGUCAAAUAAUCAAGAGAAUCUUAUUCAACAGUUAACUGAACAGGUUACCGUUGCAAUUGGUAACAGAUUAAGGGGAGAAGAGAAUGCUUAGUAGAAUGGAACAUUGGGCACGGGUUUUCUGGUCAGUUUCAACACAUAGCAGCCCAUAUAUAAUAUGACUCACUCACUCACAAUUGUCUUUAUUUUAAAUAUUUCGGUUUAACAACUAAAACCAUCUACAGUGGUGAUGCUAGUUUAAAUUUAAAGUAUGUUGCACAAACCUAACUUUUAGUUUUAAACCAAAAUCUUUAAAAAUAAAGACAAUUGUGUCAUACCAUACCGUACAUAAUAGAGCUGUUGUGUAUUGAAAGUAAUCAAUAGACUUUAUUACAAAUUGCGCUUCAAUUUGAUUGUUUCAAUUUUUAAGUUCUAUCUCAUAAACAUGACCUGUAUGCUGUAUAAGGUUACGACGUUCAUUCCAGAUUCUAAAUGUUGUCUAGAAUGUGGUACAUGUGAAUAAACGAAUGUGAACUUAUCUUUUUUUGUAACUCAUGGUGUCACUAUUAGAAAUUGCGUUUAAGUUACACCAGUUUCAGUGAAAUCUUUCAAUCAUGUUUUUUUUAUUCUAGUUUACUGAUGCAAUAAACUAGAAACAGAAUUUUGCAUAACAUGCCAGUAUUAUGUUUUACUUAUUUUGCAGUAACUUUGUAGCACAGUGUAUGUAAUAUAUAAUAUAAUCUAUUUAGAUAAUUUUUUACUAAAUUAUUCCCAAAACAGAUUUUUUUAAAAGUUUUUUUAAACUGUCUUUAUAUUUUGCUAAACUAACAUCCCUGUAUUUUUCAAG